UUUUCUCCUUUCUCUUCCCAUUAAGCAGAUUCAAAACUGAAAAAGUGGUUUCUUCUUUCACUUAUUUUGGCCACCGCAACUGCGUUUGAGCAUUUCAAGAUCUCUACAAAAAUGACUGCUGCGGCUCCCCGAUCCGGUGAAGCGAUCUUCUCCAGCUUCGAACGUGUGAACGCUGAACUAUUCACCUUGACUUACGGAGCAAUCGUGCGUCAAUUGCUUACAGAUCUGGAGGAAGUAGAGGAGGUCAACAAACAGCUGGAUCAAAUGGGCUACAACAUAGGAAUUAGACUAAUCGACGAGUUUCUAGCAAAAUCAAAAGCGUCGAGAUGCGUGGAUUUCAAGGAGACGUCGGAGAUGAUCGCGAAGAUCGGUUUCAAAAUGUUCCUUGGGGUGAGCGCAUCUGUGGUGAACUGGGAUGCGGAUGGGAGCUGUUGCAGUAUCAUUUUGGAGGAUAAUCCGCUCGUGGACUUUGUAGAGCUUCCGGAUACUUGCCAAGGCCUCUACUACUGCAACGUUUUGAGCGGAGUCAUAAGAGGAGCACUGGAGAUGGUGGCCAUGAAGACGGAAGUCACCUGGAUCCGCGAUGUGCUUAGAGGAGACGAUGCUUAUGAGUUGCAGGUCAAGCUUUUGAAACAAAUUCCAGAAGAGUACCCAUACAAGAACGAUGAGUAACUUUGGUUUUUUACUACCACCCUCAUUUAGGGUUUAUAUUGUAUUAUCCAGUUUUCUUGAUGUUUUUGGAUCAAUUUGGUUAAAAUGAAUUUCAAUUCAGUUAUUUCUUUCUGAUUUGGGUUGAAUUAUUCUCCUCUCUUCUCUUCUCUUCAAUCAAGAAAUAAUUUGGAAAAGCUUUGGAAUGCUGAAGCUAAUGUUAUGAUCAGAGAUUUAAGUAGCGUAAAAGG